CAUUGGCAAGCUACCAUAAUGGGACCACCUGAAAGUGGAUACGAAGGCGGAGUGUUCUUUCUUACCAUUCACUUCCCCACGGACUACCCGUUCAAACCUCCAAAGGUGGCCUUCACGACACGCAUAUAUCAUCCGAACAUUAACAGUAAUGGAAGCAUCUGCUUGGACAUACUACGUUCGCAAUGGUCGCCCGCGUUGACUAUCUCAAAAGUUUUGCUGUCCAUCUGUUCGCUGCUAUGUGAUCCGAACCCAGAUGACCCACUAGUACCCGAAAUUGCCAGGAUUUACAAAACAGAUAAAACGAGGUAAACAGAUAAACAGAUA